AUGGCUUGGGAAGGAGGAUUCGAGCCCAAUGGCACAGAAGGCAAGAACUUCUACAUCCCCAUGUCCAACAGGUCUGGGAUUGUUAGAAGUCCUUUUGAAUACCAACAGUAUUAUCUGGCGGAUCCCAUCAUGUUCAAGCUUCUAGCUUUCUACAUGUUUUUCCUGAUCUGCACUGGAACUCCCAUCAAUGGUCUGACGUUGCUGGUAACGGCUCAGAACAAGAAACUCCGCCAACCUCUCAACUACAUCCUGGUCAACCUGGCUGUGGCUGGACUCAUCAUGUGCAGCUUUGGAUUCACCAUCACCAUCACCUCUGCUGUUAAUGGCUACUUUGUUCUUGGAGCCACCGCUUGCGCUCUUGAGGGAUUCAUGGCCACACUGGGAGGUGAAGUUGCUCUCUGGUCUCUGGUCGUCCUGGCUGUUGAGAGAUACAUUGUUGUCUGCAAACCCAUGGGAAGCUUCAAGUUCACUGGAACUCACGCAGGAGCUGGAGUCCUUUUCACCUGGAUCAUGGCCAUUGCAUGUGCCGCUCCCCCACUGUUUGGCUGGUCCAGGUACCUUCCUGAGGGCAUGCAGUGCUCUUGCGGGCCUGACUACUACACUCUGGCCCCAGGCUACAACAAUGAAUCAUUUGUCAUCUACAUGUUUGUCGUCCACUUCUUCGUUCCUGUCUUCCUCAUCUUCUUCACUUACGGAAGCCUUGUGCUGACGGUCAAAGCUGCUGCAGCCCAGCAGCAGGACUCAGCCUCCACUCAGAAAGCUGAGAAAGAAGUCACACGUAUGUGCGUCCUGAUGGUCAUUGGCUUCCUGGUAGCUUGGACACCAUAUGCCACUUUUGCCGGCUGGAUUUUCCUGAACAAGGGAGCUGCCUUCUCUGCCCUGACUGCAGCCAUCCCUGCCUUCUUUGCAAAGAGCUCAGCCUUGUAUAACCCUGUGAUCUAUGUGCUGAUGAACAAACAGUUCCGUAACUGCAUGCUGAGCUCUAUUGGAAUGGGCGGCAUGGUGGAGGAUGAGACUUCAGUUUCCACAAGCAAGACAGAGGUGUCCUCUGUGUCUUAA